AUGUUCCUUCCGGAACAAUUUCCAGAUGUCGAAGAAUUUAGCCUGUUAAACAAUGUUUUUGUUCUAGCAGCACCAUGGGUGGAUUCUGCAUAUACUUAUAUACCGGUGAGGCUGGACCAGGAUGUGAAUCUGACCUGUAAAUACAAUGCUGAACCCUCUCCACAAGUUGAUUGGUUCUACAACAGUUUCACCAUCAAUUUUUCCGACGAUAAAUUCAAGGGUCUGAUACAGUACGGCACCAGACGGGAAAAUUAUAGCGAAUCCAUUUUGGCUAUUAAAAAUAUCAAAGAAGAUAAUUUCGGUGACUACACCUGCCGUGUGGCAAACAAUCUUGGCACCAAACAAAAAACUAUUCAUGUCAGCGGUCGACCGGGACCGCCACAUCUUAAUGUUAGCGGAACUCGUCUCUCUUGGAGAGUGUAUUCCGUGGACCCAGUAAUCGAAUAUCAAAUCUUAUAUCGCUUUUCCAACGAUGACACCUGGCAGCAGUUCAAAUCAAUACGAGCAAAUAAA